AUGAAAACCCCAACAAAUCCAAGCAGUAAAACACCCACUCCUCCACCCAAGCCAGUCUCUACAACCGCCAAGAGUUGCCUUACAACAUCUACCAUCCCGUCUGUCUCCACUAAACGUCGACUCUCCACGUUAGCUAGACAAACACUUACCCCUCUUCCCUCAUCUGUUAGUCUUCGUCCCAAGUUAACAGCUACAACCCGACUCACCCGUUCCAUUACCAAAGCCAUGGCCGAGAACACCCUACCACCUGCUGCCAACGCUAUUCCUCCCGUAGCCGUGCCCAACAUAGCUUCAACCACGACGAUCCCUACUCAACCUUCCCCUCUUUCACUGAGUGACCUCAACAUUCACUCCGUGCCCAAUCUCCCUGACUAUCUCAAGGACAUUUACGCCCGCCUCGAUAAGGAUGCUCAGCAACGGAUUCGUCAACUUGAAUCACAGCAAGCUCCGCAAACCUUCCCUGCCCCUGAAUCGACUGCUGCCUCACCUCCUUCAACUACUGUGGCCCAACCUUCUUUUGCCGACGUCGCCAAGAAACAAGCGGACCCUUCUGCCGUCAAACGUCCCAAAGCUAAAACCAUACCUCGAAAGAGGCCUCAACCUCUCAACCUUAAUGUUAACGAUGCCAGUCUUACUGCUGCUCGUCAAUUUUCGGUCGUUUCACCCCACCAUGGUUACCGAUUUGUCUACAUUCCCAACCGUGGCCCUUCGCCCAUUAGCCAAAUGAGGGAUAACUUCCAUGCUAUGGGCAUCCACAACAAGCGAAUCUUGGAUAUCCAUUUCCCCGACCGUCAUGUUUGUGGCCUUCUCGUCCACAUAGACUACAUCCCAUCCUUGGAAGCCCAAUUGACCAAGUACGAGUUGGCACCUAUCCAAUUCGACCCCAUGGAUACUACCACGUUGCGUGGCCCCAGAUAUACUGACUCUGACCCUGCUUUCCUGGCUGCCGAAUGUCGCCGCCUUUUCCUUGCUCGAUGGAAGGUCAUCAUCGGGCGUUUGAAGGAUCCGCAUCACCAGUUGGCAGUGGCCCGCUUCUUCUGCUUUAAACAACACUUCAUUCCUGAAGACGAGUAUGCCCAACUAGCUAAGUCCAUCAAACCAGCUUAUGUUCCAGCUUACAAGCGUCAACAAACCAAUACUACACCCACCGCCGCUGAACAAGACCUCACCAUGGGCGAGGCAAACACCACUAACACCACCACUAUCUGA